UCCGCUUGAGUAUGGGAGCUUUUCUGGACCGUCCGAACACGGAGAAACACAAUGAGCAUGGGGAGGGGAACAGUAUCCGUUAUGGACUCUGCAGCAUGCAGGGCUGGCGUGUGGAGAUGGAGGACACACACACGGCUUUGCCAGAGUUACACGACAAGCUGAAAAACUGGUCCUUCUUCGCAAUUUAUGAUGGGCACGCGGGGUCAGGGGUCGCCAAAUAUUGUGCUAAGAACCUCCUCCAGCACAUAACCAGCAACCAGGAGUUCAAAGGGAUGGCAGACGGCAGGAGUGACUCCCAGGCUGCUGUCGAGAGUGUGAAGCGGGCCAUCCGAACCGGGUUCCUGAGCAUCGACGAGCACAUGAGGAACGACUCGGAGCUGGGGAACAACGAUAUGGAUCGCAGUGGAUCCACAGCAGUGGCACUGCUGGUCUCGCCGACGCACAUCUACUUCAUAAACUGCGGGGACUCGCGGGGGGUCCUGCAGAGGGGUCACUCUGUACAUUUCUCCACCGAGGACCACAAGCCCUGUAACCCGCGCGAGAAGGAGCGGAUCCAGAACGCUGGGGGCAGCGUGAUGAUCCAGCGAGUCAAUGGCUCGCUCGCUGUCUCCCGGGCACUAGGAGAUUACGAUUACAAGUGUGUGGAUGGGAAAGGGCCCACAGAGCAGCUGGUCUCUCCCGAGCCGGAGGUGAUGGUAAUCGAGCGAUCGCAGGAGGACGAGUUUGUUAUCCUGGCUUGUGAUGGCAUUUGGGAUGUGAUGAGCAACGAGGAACUGUGCGCAUUUGUCCGAUCGAGACUAGAGCUCACUGACGAUCUGGAGAAGAUCUGUAACCUGGUGGCAGACACCUGCCUGUACAGGGGGAGCCGAGACAACAUGAGCAUCGAGCUGGUCUGCUUCGAGAAUGCACCGAGACCCUCGGACGAAGCCAGACAGAGAGAGGGCGAACUGGACAGACACUUGGAAACACGAGUCAAAGAUCUGGUGACCAAGGCAGCUCCCGAUGUCUCUCCCGGGUUACUGGACGUGAUGCAUUCCCUGUUGAUGGAGAAUAUUCCCAACCUCCCACCAGGAGGAGGCCUCAUCAGCAAACGCAGUGUGAUUGAAUCAGUUUACAAUCGGCUCGUUCCUCAGGUCACUGACAAGGAUUUGGAGGAUGCGGAUGGUCCGUUGUGAUGCAGCUUUCCAGGAAGUGGCUGUGACCGGGACCAGAGUCCAAGCCUGAGCAAGCCCCUGCUUUCCAUGUUUGAUCAACAUGUGCAGAGGAGAAUUCUCCAGCGACAUAUUUAUCUGUUUGUUUUUGCCGGUUGCCUUUCUGUCCCUCCAGUCGACAUUCCAGGUUGUUGGUGUUUUCCUGUUUUCCCUGUAAAGCUCCUCCUCCAGCGACUGCAGCAUUCCCCCCCUCUCUGU